UCUACUGCUUUUUUCAUGGCAUAAAAGAGUAAACCUUGUUAAUACUGCUUCUCCAAUCUGGUUUUGCUUCCUUAGUUGCUAUGAUCUGUAUUUGGCACAUGCGUUCUGCAUUAAAUUUUAGUAUUAUGAUUUCUAUGUACAGGAAAUCCAUUAAGAAAACUGUUUAACCUUGGCAAUUUCGUCAUGGUAAAUUUAACGGUGAUAAUGAAUAUCUACUGGGAUAUUUCCAGGACAUCAAUUCCGGCUCGGUAUUUGUUGGUAUUGAAUGCGAGCACAAAGUCCCGCAAUGUUUCUCCGCUUUCCUUGCAGCGCUUGUGGCAUCAUGACAAACCCCAGCUUAUAAGUUCUAUAACAUAUUACAACGACAGAACAAGCUAAUCUCCUUCGUUUGGUUUAUUCCUAGCGUUUGAAUCUAUUCUCUACUGACACUAUGAACGCGACAUCGCUGUAUUUUCGGCAGCUUUUCUCUAAUACCCGCUUGCUGAACUACGGGAAUACUGUGCUGGUGCAGCGCUACAACGGUCAGUGGUUGGGAUACGUUCAAGAUAUUGACGGCGAUUACUUCUUCAUUGAUUUCGACGCAAGCACAGUCAACGCUCAGUGGAUCCAUUCCAGCCGCUUGUGGCCGCAUCAUUUCCUGUACCGACCGCAUGACGGAACGCGAGAAGACGAGUUGGUUCACGUAGCACUGCGCGAGGCCGAUGGUGGUCCAAUGGUUUUUCGUGAGGCCACCGUUGUUGAGGAUGGAAACGAUGAAUUCUACACUGUAAAGACUGGGGAAAUACUGUAAAUUCAACGUCUAAGGCCAGCCAUAUCGUGAUGCGGAAUCAUAUGACUGAUGAGUUGCCGCAGCCUGACGAUGGUGAAAGUUUCUUUGGGCGGACCACGGGGUUCCUGUACAAGAAAUAUGUUAUCGACUUUCCCGCAGCGAAUUUGUUGACCGAGAUGGAUUUUAUCGUGCCGUUUCUGGCUCGCACCUGCCACCUGUCGUGGGAAUGGUGUGAUGGAGAGUGCGAAUCGGAGUGUCAGUUUGAGUAUUUCAUUUCAGAGGAUGAAGUGACUUUUUAUUGCACGGGACUGCACGCGCUGAGCGGUGAGGGCUAUGUAAUGGAACUCGGCUUUCGAGUGUUCGCCCGGCUGGGAUCCGAUACGGUAACUUUCAUUUGCGCUGAAAUGAACGUGGACGAAGAGGGACGGAGUAUGUUCUGGACUGAAGACGCCCUGAAGAAAGCUUGCGAAUAUUAUUUCGGAAACAGGAUGACGGAACCGCUUGUUAGCAUGGUCACAACUCCGUGCGAUAGAAACCAGUUUGAUAUGGAAGAGUUUUCGAUUAGGGCGCUUUCGCAUCCAGUCAUCGGUUGUAUUCUGUGCUGUCUCGAUUUAGAUUCCCAGUUUCGAGCAAGCAGAGUGUGUGCGCUGUGGAGAAUACUGUAUCGCCAUUACGUAAACAACCGGCACAUACUCAUCGAUCUGAGCGCGGCAUGCGGCAACCAACCACAGAACAGCGACUUGUUGGUUCAGUACCAUGACUGUCUCAUGUAUAAACUGGUCAACUUGCUACAGCGCAUCCUCUCAAAGCAAACCCAUACCCUAGCGCUUACGGAUAAUCAGAAAAGUCGCCGCCAGUCGGCGCUUGUCCUGAAAGAGAUUAUGUCGGCGAUUAAUACAUUUGCACAAGCCAAGAAAAUUCGUUUGCCCCGCCUCAUUGUGAAAAACUGUCGAUAUAGCGAAACGAGCCCUUUGCAUUCCUUCCUGGCCAUCAAACACUGUUCCCACGCGAACCGUUUCGAAUGUGCCUCGCUGUCGCAGUUGAUGAGCGUUUGCGAUCAACUGAUGCUGAUUAAUUUUGACGCAUCGUCAGCACUCGUUGGAUCAGCGGAGCUAACGCUCCUCACAGGAGACGAAACAAAUCUGCCGGAAUUUGAGCGAGCGUUCUGGCGGGAGUUUCCUCCAGAUGACUUCAGAAUAUGCAUUCCGUUUCUGCAGUUCAAAUCCACGGAAACGCCCGCGGAACAAUGUCGUAUGCUGCUGGCAGCGGCCAACGAUCGCUGUCCGAUCGUCAGUCCGCGUGUUAACAGAAAGGUCGCAGCCAUUCAUGCGCGCUGGGUCCACAGGUUGAAUUAUCCGGAACAGUGGGCCCGUAUUCGAAUUUUCCUGAAACUGUUUAACUGCCUUCGCCUGAAUGACAACGUUCAACGGUGGGACGCGUUGGAUCUCCGAGAACUUAACAUUGGUUUGUUGACUAAUGUGACUUACGCUGUCCUGAAUGCGUGCUACGAAGACUUAUUCUGACAGGAACACAACCAUCGACUUAAACUCAGUGACCAGUGAUAUCUAUGUACUAAAAUUAUUUUGUUCGCUUAUUUCGGCGCUAAAUUGAUGAAUUCUUCUGCCGACCGAUUC